CUGAUUGCGUUUCUAGUUUACACGGACAGUUUGAAAGCAUGAUACGUUUGAGAUCAACAUUAACAUGCAUUUCUUUAAUUUAUUUCACACAUUUGAUAAAUUGCAAUGUAAUAUUAGUUUUUGAUUCCAACGAUCUAGAUGAUCUAGCUAGGGAGCUAGCUCCAAGCGAGGAACACCCGUUUAUGUCUACUAAAAAAGUGUCCACUGUAAAGAGAAUUGUUCCUCCAUAUAAAACACCGGAAUUCGAGUACGACAGAAAAUAUCUUAGGAAAAUAUUUAAGCCCAAAUACGGACUGCAUAAAAAACUGUCUGAAAAAAAGAGAAACGUACUCGAACAAGCUUACAAAUUUAUGUUCAAACCUAAAACCUACAAAGGCCGAAACCCAAUCAACGCCAUCUUGAAAUUAGCGGGCAAACAAAAUGUCCGACAUAUUUUGAGGAACCAAGACGAUGGCUUGAAUGGUAAACUUUAUGACCCUUCGAGUGUUCAAAGUAGCAGGCCGGUGGAAGUAGAAUUCGAAAACGACCCACUAAAGAAAAAAGAGAUGCAAUAUAAUUUUCCAUUUUUUUCUAUUUAUAAUUUUUGGACGUACGAUAAGUCGUUGGUCCAAGACCGCUGUCCGAAAAACACGGCUUUAGUUGGCCAAUACUGCAUCCACGCGCCACACAUAGUCACGUAAAUAUUCCUUUCAAUAAUAAA